AUGGCGGUAACGUUCAAUACAGAGCAGCUAAACUACUACAGAAUUUGUUACGUUGCCACCGAUGUAUUAGCCGAAGGUCUGCGGAAAGUCUUCAAACAAGAAUGGGACAAUCGCUACAAAUCAACGCUGGGAGAAUGGGAAGAUUCAAGUAAAAGUGGAAGUGACUUUUAUCGCCUGGAGUCAGGGCAAAACCAACAAAAAUAUGCCCAUCGUUUGAGUACCAUGGUUAGAGGUGACACAGCUGAGUGGGAUUGUGCUAUGUUGUUUUAUGCCGUCCUCUCCUCUAAUGCUAUCUACAGUCUUAAUUCAACCGUUCGCCGUCAUGUGGAAUUUCUGAGACAAUUCCGUUCUGUCCAAUUUGUCCACAUACCACGAGGAAGUCUCUCGGAUGUGCAAUUCAAUAGCGCCACUACUGAAGUUGAAAACGCAUUUCGAGCCCUUGGUCUUGACACUAAUAGUAUUCAAGAAAUAAAACGUCAAAACAGUUUUUCCACUAAAGAGCUGCAACGUGUCUCGAAGGAGGUUGACGAUCUCAGAAUGAAACUGGAAGAGAAAGAGGAGGUAGUACAGGCUCUUGAGGGACAACGAGAGUCACUUGAAAGUCAGCUAAACUGCUAUGUCGCUUCAUUUUGCAUCCUCCCUGCUUGUCCUUCACACGACGUUUCGCCUCGCCAUCGUGAAGUUGCGGAAAUAAUGCAAGAGCUUAAACGACUCAAGUGUGCAAGUGAAAAUACUGUAACAUACCUGUAUUUGUCAGGAAAUCCUGGGUGUGGAAAAUCACAGCUGGCCCGUUUAGUUGGCAAGCAGUUGUACAAUGAAUUCCAAGAGUCUGUCGCGUCUUCAUUUGUAAUGACAUUAGAAGCUAGUAGCUCAGAAGCACUUUUCGCAUCGUACUUAUAUCUUGCUCGAAAUUGUAAAUGUGCUGAGUAUGCAUUGACAAACAUUAUGAGCGCUAAGGAUUUGAACGUAGACCAGAAGAUUUCAAAUCUCAAGACCUUAAUAAACGCAAAGAUUGCGCUUUACGCUUCAUGGGUGAUAAUUGUUGACAAUGUCAUAAACGGAUCUAGUAUCCAUGUCCAUUUGCCAAGAGCAGGGGAUGAACUAUGGGGAAGGGGACAGAUGCUAGUGACAACCCAGGACACUGCAUCUAUCCCUUUAACAAGCCCUUCCAUCAAACAUAUCUCUGUCAGCCAAGGUAUGGACCCUGUCGAUGCCAGGCAUUUGUUGCAACUGCUCUCGGGAAUCAUGGACAGUGAUAUGGAGGAAGAAGUAGCGCGGGCGUUGGAUUUUCAGCCUCUUGCUUUGGCAAGCGCUGCCACUUGUGUCAGAGAAUUUCGCAGUGUUACCAAGAGUUUUGACUGGAAGGACUACCUUGGGAAACUAGAGAGAGGCCACAGAGCAAGCACUGAGUCUAAUCUUUUAAAGACUAACCCAAGUUAUGGAAGAUCCAUGACCGAAGCAGUAACAGCCGCCUUAGUGGAGGCCAUGGCGUCCGACAAAAUCCUGAAGCACGUAUCAAUUUUCCUCUCUGUGUGUGCACCACGACCACUGAAUGUAAACGUAAUUGUUAAGUACGUAAUGAACAUGGAUGAUAGCUGUGAAGACGAAGACUUCAUUACGUUGAAGAUGAGCAGGAGCCCCAUGUUAUUCUUUGUUGAGGAAGAGAACGAUAUUUAUGUUCGAGUUCAUCAGAUUGUGCAUGAGGUACUGAAAGGAUUAGUCAAGGAGUCCCUUCCCACAGACAUCUUAAAAUCCGUUCAAGGAGCUUUGCAAGCAUUUUGUCAGGUUCUCGGAGAUAGUCCUGUUGAUGACUUGCCUGACAACAUUGUUCCACACCUCGAGGCUAUAAUCAUGGAGAUUUCCAUUCUGGACUUAGACUUCCAAAACAUCACGCCGGCCAUUCCUCAGAGUAUUGUUACAAAAUUUGGUAAACUGUGCGAGAGUCAAGGUAGAUUGGUGUCAGCAAAAAGUUACUUUCAAUUGGCGUUAUCACUGACGAUCAGUACGGACGAGAUGGAUGAAGCAAAAAUCAAGUCGUUGAUUGCAAGUGUAGACGUACAUUUGGGUGAUUUCAACGAGGCCCUUUCUUAUUUUGAAAGUACCCUAUCAACCUUUUCGAAAGUACUUGGACCACAGCAUUUAGAAGUUGCAGCUGUAUAUAGUUGCAUAGGUUCAGUUCUACAAAAGAUGAAUGAACGGCAGAAAGCCCUGGAUUACCUUUUGAAAGCUUUAAUGAUUCGGCAGAACGCCCUUGGUCCCGACCAUGUUGAGGUUGCGAGAAGUUAUAACAACUUGGGUACCCUUUUCUGUGCGUUGCUCGACUUGACACAAGCUAAAGAAUACCACCAACGUGCCUUGGCUAUUUACUUAAAAGAAGAGGGACCUGAGCAUGUCGACGUUGCCACAUCCUACAAGGAAUUAGGAAAUGUUUCCCGUGCAACUGGUGCGUUGGAACAGGCUAAAGAGUAUAUUAAUCAUGCAUUGGAAAUUCGUCUGAAAAAGUUGGGCCCUGAGGAUGUUGAAGUGGCAACCUGCUACAAUGACCUGGGCCUUGUGCACUGUGACUUAGGUGACCUUGAACGAGCUAAGGAUCUUUUCGAUCGUGCGAUAUCUGUGUUUCGCAGAAAGCUUAGUCCUAAUCACAUUUAUUUUGCAACAAUGAAUAGUAACUUAGGUUUUUUGUACAGCAAGAUGGGUGAACUGUAUCAAGCCAAGAAGUAUUAUGAACUUGCACACGCCGGUUUUCUUAAAUUGAGAGGACCCGACCAUGUUAAUGUAGCCAAUUCUGCUAGAGCACUUGCUAAAGUAAACUGCGACCUGGGAGACCUGCAGGAGGCCAAACGUCUCUAUCAAAGCGUCUUAGACAUUUGCCUGAAGCUUACAGGCCCUGAACAUAACGAUGUGGCACAAACUUAUUACAACUUGGGUUUUGUUGACAAUGAGAUGGGGAAAUUUGAGCAAGCGAGAGAGUCUUAUGAACGAGCUUUAGAGUUGGGACUUAAAAAGCUCGGACCUGGACAUGUUGACGUUGCUACUAUUUACUGUGGUUUUGGUCUUGUUCUUCAUAACAUGGGUGACCUGAGAACUGCAAAGAUGCAUUUUGAGCGCGCGCUUAAAAUUUAUCAAGAAACACUCGAUCCCGAGAAUCCAAAAAUUGCAUCUUUGUAUAAUAACAUGGGUGUUUUGUUUCGCACCACCGGUGACUUGGAGAAGGCAAAGGAUUAUCAUGUUAAGGCCCUAGCCAUCCGUCGUAAAAACUUCGGGAACGACAGUGUGCAAGUGGCAACAACUUUAAACGACAUGGCUCUUGUGCACUCUGAACAGGGUGACUUUCAUCAAGCCAAGGAGUGUUAUCAAUUCGCUCUGUCCAUUUACUUCGCCAAGUCAGGAAGAGAUCAUUUGCAAGUGGCACAUGUUUAUAGCAACUUAGGCUCUUUGAACAGCGAGUUAGGUGAUCUUCAGCAAGCAAAAGAAUGUUACGAACAUGCCUCUCAUUUGUACCUCAAAAAGUUGGGUCCUGAGAAUGAUUGUGUCGCCAGCUCUUUCAAUGAUCUUUCCCGAGUGUAUCAUAAGAUGGGGGAUCUUCAACAGGCAAAGAGUUACUGUGAUAAAGCUCUAGCCAUUUGGCGGAAAAAGAAGUGA